UGCAAUGGGGGUUAAAUGACUCCCCAGGGUCACCCAGCUCCAGGACCUCCAGACUCCCAAACCAUUCUAAGAUGGAAGGAGGUGCGGACCGGAGUGAGAGCAACGAGAGUGCUGAACAGCGGUGGUAGUGGCGGUGCUUGGGACGCCGGAGCUGAGGCCGAGGCCAUGGCUGCGCUGGGGGCCGCAGCGCGCGCGCUAGCUCUGCAGGGCCGCUCCGGGGGGCUCCGGGCCUGCCUUCCCCGGCCCUGCUGGCCUCACGCUCCGGGCAGAGAGAGCCACCUCUGGGCCACGGCGCUGCUCUCCCUGCGAGCUGCCCUCCCGGUGAGAGGAGAGCCUCUCAGAAAGAAGAAGAAGGUGGACCCCAGGAAAGAGCAGGCCGCAAAGGACCGGCUGAAGAAGAAAAUUAAGAAGCUGGAGAAGGUCAGCCAGGAACUGAUCCCCAUCGAAGACUUUAUCACUCCUGUGAAGUACCUGCAGGAAGAGAGGCAGCGCCCUGAGCCGGAGGUGCCCUUUGAGGUCAGUGAAAGGAGGACUCUUCUCAUGAAGAAAUGGACCCUCUACAAACAGCAGGAGGCUGAGGCUGAGCAAAAGAAGAUCAGGUCCAUGCUGGAGGCCCAGCAAGAAGCCCUUCGGGAGCUACGCCAGGAGUCGGAGCUGCUGUACCAAGCGGCAAUCCGGAGAGACGACAGUCUGUUUCCCUUUGAAAAGGAGGGCCCGACCUAUACCCCAGCCACCCCCGGCUACCAGGCCCCCGAGGGCAAGUAUAACGAUGUCACCAAAGUGUACGUACAGGUGGUGCAUAAGAGAUAGGGCAGGAGCCGGGCACCCACCCAUGGGGGCUCAAGGACAACCACGGUGGCCAAGGCCCGCCUUGAACCGUGCGCUUCUGUGGGAGAGCCUGGGCCCCACACGCUCAGGAGCUCAGCCCUGCUGUCCUGUCACCUGUCACGUCCCCCCAGGUAGGCACCCAUCCUGCCUGGUCUGCAGCCAGGCACAGUAGAGAAAGGGGGAGUCCGCCCACACAUGAGGGAAGGGAGCCUCACGGGAGGCACCAGGCCCUUCCGCAGGGGGAGGAUGGAGCUGAAUUCUGGAGGCUGGGUUUGACUUUCAUACGAAUGCAGAUUACUCGUAAUAAAAGACUGAUUAAGUAUUA